UUCGGGCUUUCUCGUCCAAUAAGCGGCACCCAAGGUCACGUGAGAAGGGCGCUCAUGGCCGAGGGGGCUGAAAGCGGCAGCUGAGGGGAAAAGAAGGGGAAGGGGACCGGGCGGGGAAGGAAGGAAGUAGUCGUCGGUCCUCCGAAGAGAGGGAGAAGCUGCGAGGGGAAACGGGGCGCCGAGGCCAUGUCCAUGGAGGACCCCUUCUUCGUGGUGAAAGGGGAAGUUCAAAAGGCAGUGAACACUGCCCAGGGGCUCUUCCAGAGAUGGACAGAGCUCCUGCAAGAUCCAUCUACAGCUACAAGAGAAGAAAUUGACUGGACCACUAAUGAGCUAAGGAACAAUCUAAGGAGCAUUGAGUGGGAUCUUGAGGACUUAGAUGAAACUAUUAGCAUUGUUGAAGCUAAUCCUCGGAAGUUCAACCUCGAUGCAACGGAACUGGGUGUAAGAAAAGCCUUCAUCACAAGCACACGGCAGGUGGUUAGGGAUAUGAAGGACCAGAUGUCAAAUACAUCUGUUCAAGCUCUGGCUGAAAGGAAGAAUAGACAGGUCCUUCUGGGAGAAAGUGGAACUCAUGGCUGGAGUUCUGGAGCUGACAAAUAUAGUCGUUUGGAUCGUGAAAUGCAGUCUGUGAAUUCAAACUUCAUUGAGGAUCAACAGGUGCAGCAACAGUUAAUCAUAGAACAGCAGGAUGAACAGUUGGAGCUGGUCUCCGGUAGCAUUGGGGUGUUAAAGAACAUGUCCCAGCGCAUUGGAGGGGAGCUAGAUGAACAAGCAGUCAUGUUGGAUGAUUUUGCUCAUGAGAUGGACAGCACUCAGUCACGACUAGAUAACGUUAUGAAGAAGCUUGCGAAAGUGUCCCACAUGACCAGUGAUCGGCGACAGUGGUGUGCAAUUAUCAUUCUCUUUGCUGUCCUGCUGGUGGUGAUUAUCUUGUAUUUUGUGCUGUGACAAAGUGGAACUUGGGCACUGUUUCUAGCUCCCUUUUCAGUGGACUCCCAGACAAUCUUCCGGUCCAACAGAGGAAAUUCCCAUUAUGAGAACCAUGUUUUGGGAGCGGGAUACUGUGCUCCUCUGUGGAUCAACACCAGUGUCAUGACUGUCUGAACCUCAUGGCUCUUCUGCUCUUCAUCAUGAUCAACUUACUGAGGAAAUAAUGGUAAACAAAGAAAUACCCAAAUUCUUCUCUCUGUUGCAGGAAGCACUUCCUGCGGGUUCUGAAUACGGUUGUUUUUCUGUGCUUUUCUCUGAGACAAGCAAAUUGGAAGGGAAAGAGACAUUACCAUCCUGUUGCAGGUGUAAAUGGUUUUCAGGAAGUACUUCAGAUGCCUUUCUUCUGCUUGUAAAAACAGGACUCCUGGCAGUCUUUUAAAAGACGCAUACAGACAACAAGUCUCCAUUGGCCAGAGGAUUCUCUUCAUAAGGCAGCUUAGAGCACUGUCUUGCAAAGAACCAUGGAGCCGCAUGGGUCUGCAAAAGCAGUAACUAAUUCACACUUUUUUUUUCCAGAACACUAUUGUGCUGCCAGUUCAUGAAAGGUAAAUGCCCAUGUGCCCCCCCAACCCCCCAUGUUAAAUAACGGCACAGAGCAAUACACAUUUGGGCAAUUAUAAAAGCAAACAAAACCAGAAUGAGGAUUGCUGUGAGCCCAAAAGUCUUGGAACCACAGCUAAGGUGGAUCUUGAAGGCAAGGCACAUUUGCACAUAUGGCCUCAGCAGUUCCUGCUCUCGUCUAGGUGAAUAAUACUGACCCCUGCUUUCAUGUGAGUCAUAUCUGCUUCUUGGCAGAAACCUUGGGCAAAACUGCUGUUUGUUUGAAUGGUAGCCAUACUGUGCUGUCGUGCUUCAAGCAGCGGUAAUUUGAAUUCAUUUUUCAGAGCUUUAACCUCAGUUUUACUGUGCUGCAAAGUGGGAAGCCAGUCAGCUUUCUGUAGCUACAGUCUUGCCUGCUUUUUUGUAUGUGUGAAUUAUUUUUGGCUUUGAAAACAAAGCCUUUGUGAAAAAAAAAUACUCUUGCCCAUGGGGGGACUGUUCCCUCUUGAUUCUGCUGCUUUUCGUUAAUAGCUGCUUUUGUUUGGUGACUGAAUAUUUCAGUUCAAUGUUUUAAUAGCAGUUAAAGGAAAAGGGGCCAUCACUCUCUCCUGCGUAUGGAUAACAUGUGUCUGUUAAGGUAGAGCACACCUUAGAUGCAUAAGCAUACAUAAAGAUAUGUAGAACUGCAUCACCUUGUCAACAGCAAUAGUGAAGGUGGUUCAGAGCAGAAGGAAACGACAAAAAAAUGGAAGCUAACAAUUCUCUUUCCAAUCCUGUGAGAAGGAAUUCUGGCCUCCAGUUUUAAAGAAUGAAUCAUGUAGGAUAGGUAGGAAAAUUAUGUGGCUAUUCCUUUGAACAGAUGAAAGGGGUUUGGCUCCUUUGUGUCGUGUGGGAGUCCUUGAGUGAAGAGGUCAAUGGUGCUGGUCAGGCUUAAUACAAAGGGAAAGACUCAUAAUCACUCCUGGCCUGGAGAGCUCUGGGAGCAGGAGAAAUCCUUGAAGACAGGCAGCAGGCAGGCUGGUCUAGCCAGUUCACUCCAUGCCCUAUGUGCCCUAAAAGCGUCUACCUUAUGCUGCUGUUUCUCUAAAAGGUGCAAAGAAGUUCCUUAAUGAGGGAGGGAGGAGUUCCUUAAAGGAAGAAAGUUUUGAACACCACUACUUUACUGUGUCAGUAAGCUUUUCUUCCCUUCCCCUACUGUAAAGCCAGUCCAUAUGGGUGGCCAGGUAUCUUACUCCAGCUUUUCCCAAGUUUCAGAAUGUCUACUAUGUACAUCACACUUUUAAAAAAAAAUUCUCAAAGGCCUGAAAGUCCAUUUGUUGCUUUGGGAUUCAAGCUCUGUCCUCCAAACGAUUAAUUUACUUUCAGUGUUCGUUGAAGCAGCAUGUAGUGAGAACUGAGCCUAGCUGUUGUUUUCUAGCAUUCCGCUGCAUUGUUCCUCACACUUCUAUUUCUUAUUGUUUACUUUUUUUGUAAUACCUACAUUUCUAAACAUUUUAAAUGGACUGCUUACACUCCACCUCGUGUAUAAAUACUGUAAUACUGUCAACUGUCUCUCUUGGUGACCAAGUGAAUUAUUGUGGUUUCCCCAUUCAAAUUACAUGUGUCUUUAAUGCAACCCCCCCCCCCCCCAAAAGGAGGUGAGACUUAUGUAACAAAAGCCUGUGUGACUCUCUGUGUCUCCCUUGGAGUGGCUGCCUUUUCAGCACUGCUGCAACAAAGGGGUCCUUUGUGUGUGUGAACAAUUUCUGGUUUGGCUGCUACUUCAGAACAGGCAGUGCUUUUGUUCCCAACUAAAUUCCAUAAAGCAACUACUUUUAGACACGAGGUUAGCAAUCUUUUGAGACUUACUUUUCAAAACAAAAAGAUGCCUCUUCUCCCCAACCAGCUGAUAGAGUACAAAGAUUCAUUGCUGCAGGGGUUGGCGGCCACAAAGUAGCUGUUCAUUCAUUCUACAAAGGUGGCAAGACUGUACCAACCCAUCCCAUCACAACUGUCCAUUUUAAUUUCAUAUGUUUUUUAUGUGCCUUACUGAGACACCUCAUCCCCCAAAUAAAGCAUAACUUCAGGUUAGUCUUCGUGCCCAUGAGAUACAUGCUAGACCUCUGCCCUGGGGCUGGUUGGAUCAUUUGGUCACAGUUGCUGCAAAGAUGUGUCAGAUUAAUUUGCCUUUGAGGGAGGUUGCUAGAUCAUCCCUGCAGGAAUAAAACUGCUCUGAUCAUGCCUUUCAUUCUUUAAGGCUUAUAGGUGGUUUUCUCUUUCAGAAAAAGUGUGCCUCAGCUCUUUCAUAUUUUGGAAAUGUGCAAAAAGCAUACGUGUGAUAAGCAGGGACAUUCCAGACCAUUUGAGAAAAACCUCAAAGGCUUUCUUGACAUGCUUAUAUACAGGCACUCUUGAAAGGGUUGUCAUGGGGAAAGGGUGUCUUCACUGAAGCUUCCUCAGCAAUCCGUGUUUCCACAACAAGCCACAUUUUUCAACAUCCAAUGCUCACAAGGACAGAAAAUGAGUUGAAAUUUUCUGAACGAGGCCACAGACAGCAAAACAAACAACGGGAGUUAGCCCUUCCCUAUGCUAGCCAAAGCAUGUGUGUGUGUGUAUACAUACACACACACUUUGGCUAGCAUAGGAAAGGGCUAACUCCCGUUAUGUUUGUUUUGCUGUACACACAGACACAUAUAUAAAAUUAAUUUACAGUAUUUAUAUCCCACCCUUCUCACCCCGAAGGGGACUCAGAGCGGCUUACAAAACACACAUAGGACAAACAUAGCUAGUGUGUUUUGUGCCGCAACAAAGAGCAGUGACUGAACAGUUGCCUGCUUGGUCCCUUGGCCCACUCUCCUCUGUCAUAAGUACAGUAGAGUCUCACUUAUCCAACACUCGCUUAUCCAACGUUCUGGAUUAUCCAACACAUUUUUGUAGUCAAUGUUUUCAAUACAUCAUGAUAUUUUGGUGCUAAAUUCGUAAAUACAGUAAUUACUACAUAGCAUUACUGCGUAUUGAACUACUUUUUCUGACAAAUUUGUUGUUAAACAUGAUGUUUUGGUGCUUAAUUUGUAAAUUCAUAACCUAAUUUGAUGUGUAAUAGUGUUUUCCUUAAUCCUUCCUUAUUAUCCAACAUAUUCGCUUAUCCAACGUUCUGCCGGCCCGUUUAAGUGAGACUCUACUGUAUUCAUCUAACACUGUUUCAGUGUUCUAAUAGUUUGCACAUGUCAGUGAACUUAAACCCACAGCAGUAAUGGCUUGUGGGUUCCUGUGUUAAUGUGUGGAGGUGAAAUGUGUAGAAACUGAAUUGUUCCUGUUACUGCCACUAACCUGGGUUAAGUCAGUAUUUGGCAUUGGGCUCUUUGCUGAAGCUUUUCAUGAUGAAAGGAGAGUGAAGCCUUAUUUGCACAUCUACUCGAAGCCAUGUGAAUUGACUGGAUGCCAGGAACACCGGGGAUAGUGGAGUAGAGAAGAUUCUUGGUUAUCUCAAUUGCCAUCUUCUGGUCCACCAACAUGAUGGUGACACCAGACAGCCAUGGUAACACAGGACAAAGCAUCUUAGGCCCAUUGGGUGAUGAUGAAGAGAGAGAUGCUUUGGGAAAAGGGAACUUACCGUUUAGAAGAGGGAACGUUCUCAUGUCAAAGUUUGUCCUUCUGAGAUUGGACUGACCCCACCUUCCAGGGUUUCCUUGGGUUGGAGCUCAUGGAGUAAGAUAGUUCAGACUAAGAGCUGGAAGCUGAGGAGCUUUUUGCAGCCAGGAGAAUAUGAGAACUGCAUUUUGACCCAGAAGCUGAAAAGGAAGCAAGUGUGCUCUAGCUGUGUCCCCCCAGCCUUUUCUAUCUUCAGUUCUUUGUUUUGAAAGAAAUGGUAAUUGAGCCAGUACUUAAGAGGCUCAAUAUUUUUUAUCCACCCUUAAAACACUAAUAAAUAUGUACGUUUUUAAUCUCUUUCCUGGAGAAUUGCUGAAAGUACGCCAUCUGGGCCAUUUCAUUAACCUAUUAUUUAAUCAGGCAUGAUUCUGGAUAUGGUGCUAUUAUGUGUGAUAAGGCAUAUCACCUGGUGAGACAGGAAAAAACCAGAAUGUAGAAAUAUUUACCAUUUUGUUUCUUGUAGAUUAUCACUGAUUCAAAAGAAGGGGAAUGACGUAUUUGGAGAAUGUGCGCUUUCGUGCUUUGUAAAGCACCAUGUAUUUUUAAAAAGUAACACUUCAUUUACCUGCCCACAUCAUUUGAAAAUUUUCGUAGAGGGCUCAAACCUGCCGAAGAAACACCCACAAAUAGGCUUUGAAAUGCACAGUGAGAAUAACUGGCGCCCAUUAUUUCUGAUGGGAAAAAUGGUGAUCCAGGGGCAAGACGAGAUGAGGGGUUGCUGCACAUUAUGUCCUCUGGUGAAAACAUCCAAGUGUUGGCAGGAGGAACCAUUGCCACUAAAAUAAACCGUGCAAUUAUG